AUGGAGCAAAAGGGAAAUUGUCAUGAAAGUGGCUUGAGGGAUGCGUUCACGACAGCGCUGCUCAGGCAUGCGGCCAAAAAUCUUGGUGUCCAAUACACAGGUGUUAUGGUACAACCCAGUGGCAAUGACAUUGUAAAUGAACUGGAUCGAACAAGGUCUGAGAUACACACUCGGGAGCGUUUACUGGGCGUUGAAAACAUGACCCUGAUUCCACUACUGGUAAAAGCUGGUGAUUUGUCGCUGACGCGCGAGGCUGCGCUCAUUUAUUACCAGAAGGCUCUGGAUGUUGUGGAGGCUAACAUUGCCCUUAAAGGGGACUCCACGGCGAUUGAUGACGUUAUUAUAUCGAGCUGCUCGGACCUUGCCUUGCGUUUCUUUCGUCAUGGACAAUACAAGGGGGCGAAAAGUACUUUUGAAAUAGCGAUAUCUAUUUGCCAUCAAAAGUGUUUGCUCGAAUCCGGAACCUUCCUCCACGGCGCAAGAGAGUGCAACAGUGUACAGGAUAACCAGAAACUACAGGGGAAACUGCGUGAGUGGCAAGGCGGUGUUGAGGCGGCACAGCAAGAUGUGGCGACCAUUCUCAGCAGCGCUGCGCCCAAGUCCUUGCGCCGCCGAGGCGUGCGUGAUUCCUGGUGCCAGACGGGGCUAACGGCUAACGGUGGUGCUGGGUCGCCUCGCUGCCCAGCAGGACUAAACAGACGAGCAGGUGUGCCAAAAGGGAUUCGAGACGCGCGUGACCUUGAGAAACUUGUGGAAUACGUCUUUGAUCCUGCUAGUAAGAGUCAUGACAUUUCAACACAGACCAUUGUAGAGGAGGUUCAGCCACAAACUUUUUUGCAGCCUGCCCCUGCCGCCUUAUCGAAUCCACUCCCAGCUCUCUGGGAAUCCACUGACCGCGUCUCCUUGAAAACAUAUGGGACUCCCACUGCCAUUGGAUUAACAGAUAUUGUGGCAAGAAGGAUAUUGUAA